AUGGCGCCGGAAUCGUGUAUCAUGGCACGCCAACAUGACGACUGCACGAAAUCGGCGCCAUUAAGGGCUCCACCACCACAAUGCAUGCUUGAGAGACAGGGCAUUUUUAGCAUUUGCGGAGCGCAGCCCUUCUGGCAAUAUGAUUUGGGUGGUUGUGCGCCAUCCACGUGGCAGCAGUCACACGCUUCAACGGUCGCACCCACGCACACAUGCCUGCUGCCAUCAGCUGUUGUUGUGACUGCUACCCGCCGCCGAUCGGAGUGCGUGAUCUCAGAACUCCCCAUUGGUUUGUCAGUGGACAUAAACGCCUACUGA